UUCGCAGUACUCGUGGUAUUUAUGCCUGAUAGCCUUCCACCUUUCUCCUUACCCUCUUAUCUCUCUCGCUAGCCGCCUCCUAUGCCUUGAAGUUUUCCUCUGCAACGCCAUCGCGGCCUUCGGAACAACAAUGGAUCUUUUAGCUUUGUGGAUUAUAUACUACAACAACUUUUGGUUGAAGCAGAUGGAAUAGAUAAAACAGACGUGCCUGUGCCCGUGGAGUCCUCUGUUCUUGAAUGUAGGAUGGAAAAGGGAAAAGUUUGACUUGAGUGGUGGUUGCGGUAACUAGCUUGAAACAUCAAAUUUAAAUGGCUGGAUUUGUACAGGGAGAUUCUUCACACCAUGGAAUGCUAAAAAACGGUCAAGAAAAUAAUUCUCAGGAAGAACCUCAUGAUUAUUCGGCCAGAUGGUAUUUUUCAAGGAAGGAAAUUGAAGAAAACUCUCCAUCAAGAAGAGAUGGCAUUGAUCUGAAGAAAGAGGCAUAUUUUCGGAAAUCAUAUUGCACUUAUUUGCAGGAUCUGGGCAUGAGACUUAAAGUACCGCAGGUGACAAUAGCAACUGCGAUAGUAUUUUGUCAUCGCUUUUUUCUUCGCCAAUCCCAUGCAAAGAAUGACAGAAGGACAAUCGCUACAGUGUGCAUGUUCCUUGCUGGAAAGGUUGAAGAAACUCCACGCCCGCUGAAGGAUGUGAUUCUUGUUUCCUACGAAAUCAUUCAUAAAAAGGAUCCUGCUGCUGUUCAGAGAAUCAAGCAGAAGGAAGUUUACGAGCAACAGAAAGAGCUCAUUUUACUGGGGGGGCUCGUUCUAGCGACACUUGGUUUUGAUCUAAAUAUGUAUCACCCAUAUAAACCCCUUGUCGAAGCAAUUAAAAAGUUCAAGGUGGCACAAAAUGCUCUGGCUCAAGUGGCAUGGAAUUUUGUAAAUGACGGGUUGCGGACUUCACUCUGCCUGCAAUUUAAGCCCCACCACAUAGCUGCUGGUGCCAUAUUUCUUGCUGCCAAGUUUCUUAAGGUGAAGCUUCCAUCUGAUGGAGAGAAAGUCUGGUGGCAAGAAUUUGAUGUCACACCACGGCAACUUGAAGAUGUCAGCAAUCAAAUGCUGGAGCUUUAUGAGCAAAAUCGCCUAGCCCAACCAUCUCAUGCUAAUAAUGAAGCUGAUGGAAGUUCUUGUGCUGGAACUAAUCAUCCAACAGUGGUAACCUCCACUCUCAGUGAGAGCUCAGUAUCUAUAAAUGCAAGGCAAGUGGCUCAACUAACUCCUCAAAUGAGGCCGAUCGGGGCUCAACAAUCUAACGCUGAUGGUGACCGUAUCAGUUCCCGGAGUGCUCGGAGCUACAGCAAUGACCAUGGAAGUGCUGAUAGUAAAAGUGGGGUCUGGGACCACAAUAUGGAUGGCGAUGGGAAAGAUAACUCGCAUCAAGAGGCUGAGCUGGUUUCUCGCCGCUGGGAAUCCACAGCUGAAGCUCUGAGCUCUUCAAAGCUAUUUCAUGCAGAUGAUCUGUCUGAUGAGAAGGGCAACUGUGCAGAAACUAUCACAAAGAUUGACAAGGAAAAAGUGAAAGCUGCUCUUGAAAAAACAAGAAAACACCGGAAUGACACGGCCAAAAAAAAUGAGAUUGUAGAUGAUGAUGAUGAUCUUAUCGAAAGAGAGCUUGAGAGUGGAAUUGAGCUUAAUAAGGAGGACAAUAGACAAGGUUGGCCAAAGCCCCUCCAUCCUUUUCAGGCGAGUAUGAAACCAAAACUUCUCAAAUCUGAAAAUGUAAAUGUUGAUCAUCGAAUCCAGGAAUUUGCCGAGGAAGGGGAGCUCUCCUCCCUUGAUGAGCAUGAUCAUCCUCUACCUAAGUUGCAGAGUAAUAAUGGAAAAGUUUCAGGUGCAAAGCGAAGGCCAGAUGAGAAGGUGUGGUCAGAUCUUUCUGACAGGGAUCAUAAAAGGGUGAGAGGAAAAGUUGACUGA